AUGCAGGCAUGCGGUCGUGGGGGUGAGAAGGCUCGGGUCUUGACCAUCUGCAACACGGGCUCCCUUGCCACUGCUGGCUGGGGCACAGCUCUGGGAGUCAUACGCUCUCUGCAUGCCAGAGGUCGCCUCGAGCGCGCGUUCGCCUGCGAAACGAGGCCAUACAACCAGGGCGCUCGGCUCACAGCUUUCGAGUUUGUGGAGGACGGGAUCCCAGGGACACUGAUCUGCGAUUCCAUGGCAGCUUCGCUGAUGCAGCGCUUUGGAGUGGACGCAUGUGUGGUCGGCGCCGACCGGGUCGCGGCCAAUGGCGACACCGCCAACAAGAUUGGCACCUAUGCCCUGGCCGUGCUGUGCCGACACCACGGGGUGCCCUUCUAUGUGACGGCACCUCUGACCACCCUGGAUGCCAAGACUCGGAAUGGCUCGGACAUCCCCAUUGAGGAGCGUCCUGGAGACGAGCUGAGCUCGCUCAAGCUGAAUGGCGAGACCCACCGUCUUGCAGCACCAGGUAUCGAAGUGUGGAAUCCAGCUUUCGACGUCACUCCUGCGGCGCUCAUCGCGGGCAUCGUGACGGACAAGGGCAUGGUGCCGAAGCGGGCUACUGGGCCCGAGGACUACGACAUUUCUGGCUUGCUUGCUGAACCAAAUGGAAAGAAGAGGAAGAUGGUGUAG